AUGAGUAGGCUACUACCAAGGCUUCCCAGCGUUGCACCGCUGUGCUUCUUCCUUAUCUCGGUCUCGUACAAGCUUGCAUGGACAGCUAUCUCCUCCCUCCUCAGCCAAUACAGCAAGGCGUACGGGCCCGACAUCUUGCUGCAGCUCAAUGUCGCAUACUUCUUCCCCAGCAUCCCCGUGCUCAUACUCCAGGCGCUCUUCAACGACCGCAUGGACCGGCGACUGGGAAUCCCCGCCGGCGUGUUGCUUCGCUUCAUUGUGGGGUUGGGCGGUCUCGUUGGCCUUACCCACUUCUUCCCGCAAAUCACAGCCGGCUCAGAGCAGGCGUUGCUCGUCGCAACGGUCCUUGUGGGUAUAUCGUACGGCGUUGCCUUUGGCACGUCGUACCAGGUCGCGUCCAAGUACCCGGCGGGCUCGACGGUGGCGCUGACGAUGGGUUUCGUGAGCAGCGGCCCGGUGGUCCUGCUACUUGAUCUGGCGCUCAAGAGGGGAACCUACUACACCGACGAGGGGCUGGAACAGCUCUUCAGGUGGGUGGCGGUGAUCACCGCCGUGGGGCUGGCGGCGGCGGCGGUGCUAGUGCUGGGCAGCUGGCGGAUGUUGGCGGCGGGGGCGCCGCACCGUGUCGAGCUUAAAGUGCCGUACAAGGCGCCGGCGCCGUACGGCGGUGGCUACAAAGACGGCAACGUUGCGGCCAUGACGCAUGGAUACGACAGGACGGGGCCGUACGUACGACACCGGGGUGAUCAAGGUAGCGACGGCGCCGCCGCCAACGGUUUUCAUUACAGCCACCACAACCACGCGGGUCAUCACGCAAUCACGUUGGACUUUUCGUCCUCCGCUGGCGCCAACGACCACAACUACCUUAACCACCACGGCAGCGGCACCGUUGACGGUUACAGCAACAGCUACGGCUUUCAGUUGGCGAUGUCUGCGGAUGGGGCCCAGGGCGGCGGAGGCCAGUCGGCAGAUGAAAGCAAGCUCGCCAAGAAGGACCUCCCCCUGCUGCAGCUGGCGGGUCGCAUCCUGCCCGCCGCCGCCUGCAUCACCAUAUCCGUGGGCACCUCCAUGCUCAUAUUCCCCUUCUUCACCUACAUGACAUCCACGGGGCUGCUGGGGGAGAGGCUGGCGCAGGUGCUGUUUUACAUUCGGUUGGUGGGGGAUAUCUUGGGGAGGAUGGUGCCCAGGAGGCUGCAGAUGUUGGACCUGGCAGCGUUCAUGGUGUUAUGCCCUGAGUACGCACUCCAACCCCCCCUCCAGGUCACCGGCGUCCGCAAGUUGAUGUUUUGGGCGGUUGUGAAGCUGGCCAUGGUGCCGCUGCUGUUUGGCUGCAUCUUCACACCUCCCCUGGUGGGGGGGGACCUGACGGCCCUGGUGGUGGUGGCGCUGUUCUGGGUGCUGUCGGGUUACCUCAACACCUGCUCCUACUUGAUCGCCCCCACGCUGGUGCCCCCGGGGCAGAAGUCCCGGGCCUCGGGGCUCAUGACGGUGGCUUUCCAGUCGGCGUGUUUCGGAGCUCUCAUGCUGGCGUACGCCGUACAGCAGCUGGAGCUGUCUCAUCUGGUACGGCACGUGGCGAUGGCCAUGGGCGCGUCACCGCACUAG